CGCCUUAAACCCUAAACCCUCCUCUCGGUAUGCUUCUGUGAACUGGCCAUACCCAGCCGGAUGCGUCUCACCGCUUUGCGGUACGCAACUCCAGGAUCCACAUGAAUGGGAAUUUGAACAGUUUAUGCGGUGCGGGUCUGUGCAAUUGAGGGCAGGAGGCUGAGAGAGAUCUCAAAACAAUGUAGCAUCUGCGAGGUGUAGAAUUUGUGCUGCCUGGGUGCACGUCAUUGCUUUUGGAUGUGCAUGGACUCGGAAGUAGUGGGCCGGUGAUUAGAAAAUAGGAAAAACAUGGAGGAGUUAAGGGAUAAUCGAGUUUCUUUGUGCGGAAAAUUGUAGCAUUGUUUGCGAUGAAGCGAAGAUUUUCUCCUUUCUGAUUCUUGGAGAGUAUCGAGAGGGGGAAGUAUGCGUGGAGUUAUUGCGGGUUUAAGUGCAACUCCUGGCCAGCGGUCAACGAUGGCUGCGCGGGCUGUGCAUUCGUGGAUGUCUCCAAGAAGGGAUGACGGUCUUCAUGAUACGCACGCUCUUGGUGCGUUCAGAAGUAGCCUAUACUCUCCGUUGGUGAAUUGCAGUCCCUCGAAUAGGGCAAGACUUUCCAGUUUUAGAGAGAGAACUUCGGUGAACCCGUGGCCUAUGGGAUUCCUUUCCCCUCGCUAUCAAGUUUAUAUGCAUCAAACGUCUUCUUCGCGGCAACUUUGUCCUCGUAGUUUUCAGGCUGCGAAGAAGACUCCAGUCAGAUCUAUCUCUAAAGGGCGUAAAUCCAAGGAAUUUAAGACUUUGCAGAGCUCUGAUUUGAAGUACAUAGAAUGGUGGCGGCUCAAGGUGGAGAACUGUACUAAACCUGUAACGAGGGAGUUGAUGAAGAAAUUGAAGUACUCCAAUCUUCUUGGUUUGGACGAGAACCUCCGCAAUGGGAACUUGAAGACUGGGAAGAUGAAUGCAGAAAUACUAGAGACGAAAAGGCAGUUUCCUCAUGAAAUCCUUAUGUACAGGUGUGGGGAGUUCUACGAAGCCGUUGGGUUCGAUGCAUGCAUGUUAGUAGAAUAUGCGAAUCUGAAUCCCAUGGCACCGAGGUCCGACACAGUUCCAAGAGCAGGUUGUCCAAUUAUGAAUCUUCGGCAAACUCUGGAUCAGCUUACUUACCAGGGCUUCUCAGUGUGUAUAGUGGAGGAGGUCCAAGGCCCCCAAGCCAAAGGCCAUCUAAAGGAAAGGUUUGUUGCAGGGCAUGCUCACCCAGGAAGUCCCUACGUAUAUGGCUUAGUUAGUGCCGAUGUGGACUUAGAAUUUCCCGAGCCCGUGCCUGUCAUGGGAAUCUCACGCUCCCGGCGAGGUUACUGCCUGAUUUCUGUGCUAGAGAUGAUGCACUCUUUCUCUGUAGAAGAUGCACUUACUGAGGAGGCUGUGGUUGCAAAGCUGCGCUCUCGACAAUGUCAGCAGCUUUUCAUGCAUCGCUCCCUCAGAAGGGACACAGCAGGCAUUGCCCAGUGGGGUGAAGGAGGUUUGUUGUAUGGGGAGUGCCAGAAAAAGCAACAAGAGUGGUAUGACGACGAUCCGGUAGAUGGCCUAAUUUCGAAGGUUAGGGAGCUUUUCGAUCUUGACGACGACCAAGAAUUUCGGGAAAUAGUUGUGCCUCCUGGAGAAAGGCCUCGACCUCUCUACGUGAGCACAGCUUCACAGAUUGGGAUCCUCCCAACAGCAGGUGUUCCCAGUUUGUUGAUGGUAUUAUUACCACCAGAAGCGAACUCUCUUUGUACUUCUUAUGUAAGAAACUUGCUUCUGCAUCCCCCCCCUCACAGGGUGGCCGAUUGCAUACAAGCUGCAUGUCGGAAAUUGGCAGAAACAACAAGCUCUAUUCCUGAUUUCACGUGUGUUUCAGCCGCUAAACUUAUGAAGCUGAUAGAGACACAUGAAGCGAACCAUAUUGAAUUUGCUCGUAUGCGAAACGUAGCGGAAGAUAUUCUCCUGAUGGCAAAUGACCCUCAGCUUAGCGAUGUCUUGGACCUCCUUUUGGAUCCAACGUGGCUUGCCACAGGUAUCCACAUUGAGCAAAAGCAAUUAGUGGAUGAUUGCACAUUCUUGACAAGUAGGAUUGGCAAUGUGCUUGCCAGCGACAGUGACAUUGACCAAACUGUAAGCAGUGACGAGAAUAUUCCCGAUGAUUUUUUCCGGGAUCUGGAGGAGUCUUGGAGGGGUAGAGUGAAGCGACCACAUUUUGAGAAAGAAUUUGUUGAAGUAAAUGAAGCAGCAACUGAGCUUAUAGACGCUGUAUUUUCUGAUUUUCUCCCCAUAGUUAAUUGUGUGAAAGCGUACCAGAAGCCACUUGGGGGAGGACUAGGGAGCCGGAAAGGAGAAAUCUGCUACAGUCGUGACAGUCAAGCUGUGUGGUUCAAAGGUAAGAACUUUCGACCCGCCGUGUGGGGCGACUCUCCAGGAGAAUUAGAAAUGAAGAAGUUGACCCCAGCUUACGAUGGGAAGGGGAAAAAGAUGGGUGAAGAAUGGUGGACAACCACUCGGGUAGAAGAUGCGCUGAUCAGGUACAGGGCGGCCGUUGAGAAAGCAAGUAAUGCGGUUGUGCAGCUUCUCCGGGACUUGGCCGCAGAGGUGAAGGUGAAACUGAAUGCGCUCAUUUUUAUAUCCGUGCUGUCGGUCAUCGCCAAGUCUCUGUGCUUGCAUGUGAGCGAAGGAAAGAGACGGAGCUGGGUGUUCCCCACACUAGACUUGUCAUCGGAAAAUUCCAACAACCAGGAUGUAGGCCCAGGGCAUAUGGUGCUUGAGGAUCUGAUUCCUUACUGGAAAGACCCAGUCUGCGAGCAAGCGGAGCCAAAUACAAUUGAAUUAAACUCCAUGUUCUUGCUUACGGGUCCAAAUGGUGGUGGAAAAUCGAGCAUCUUGCGUUCAAUUUGUGCAGCUGCUUUGUUGUCAGUGUGCGGUCUAAUGGUUCCAGCCCGCAACGCGGUGGUGCCUAGGUUGGACGCUGUUAUGCUUCGAAUGAUGUCCACGGACAGUCCAGCGGACAACAAGAGUUCUUUCCAGAUGGAAAUGUCAGAGCUACGAACGAUUUUAGCCGAGGCAACGUCUAGAAGUUUGGUCUUGAUCGAUGAGUUGUGUAGGGGAACGGAGGUCCAAAAGGGCACCGCAAUCGCUGCCAGCGUAAUCGAAUCUCUUGAUCACAUUGGGUGCCGUGGCGUGCUCUCAACUCAUUUACAUGACCUUCUGGAUAUGAAGCUACGAGUACGCAAUGUUGUCCAAAAAUCCAUGGGCGUCAAACAAAUUGACGGACGCAUUGAACCCACAUGGAAGCUAGUGGACGGUGCUUGUCGUGAGAGUCUGGCAUUUGAAGUGGCAAAGAAAGAAGGUGUUCCUGAAAGUGUUGUACAGCGAGCCAUGGAGCUUUACAAAGAAGCUUUAGAGUCCAGGAAUAGUUUAUCGAAGGAGUCAACACUUACAAGCACUUCACCGCGCUGCAGCAACUUGGUGAAUGGGGCUACAAAUGGAGCAGUUGAUGGCUUAGACAACGUAACGACUGGAGUGCUUACCUUUCAGGCUCAAAGUCUCAACGUUGAAGGAGCAACUGAGCCAAAUGAAUCUGAUGAGGAAAGUCGUGACCGAUCACGAGCUGUGGGGAAUGGAUCUCAUCCUGCUGCCAAGUCCAAAAAGGAUUUAUUGGAUUGCAUGGAUGCUUUUAGUAGAAUUUGCGAGAAGAAGCUGCAGGAGCUGGGAGAUGCAAACUCUUAUAGUAGUGCUUGCUCGUUCAUCGGUCCUCGGCAACUGCCUCCUCCCGCGACCACGAUGCACUCAUGUAUUUAUAUGUUGCAGAGACCAGAUGGUAGAUUUUACGUGGGUCAGUCCGAUAAUCUCACAAGUAGGGUGCGACGGCAUCGGACAAUUUUAAUUGAUGCUCCAUUUUUAUAUCUAAUUGUGGCCAACAAAAGUGUGGCCUCUGAGUUGGAAACGACUUUAAUACAUCAACUGCCUUCAUUCGGAAUAAUGCUUGUCAACAAAGGGGAUCAGAACCAUCGGCACUUUGGAACGGCCCCCCUUGCAGAUGCUCCUCCUUUCUAGAUUGAUUCGAGGAGCAUAUUAAGAUUUUGAAACCUAUGACCACUGUCGGCUUCCGGUUAUGCAGCAGUUUCGAUUUGUGGGUGCAGUAACGUUGGAGAAGAUAAUCCGUUACUCAAUUUUGGCUUUCAAGACGCUUCUAUUUUGGAGACAGGUGUGCUGAAGGCAAUCUUACAGCAUGGGCGGCCGGACAUAUCUAAGGUACAAUCGACUGGCGUUUUAGUUUAUAAUUGCGUUGCACUUUGUUGAAAUCAUGAGUGUACAAAAGAUGCCUAAGAAUCAUUUUGUAUGCGUA